CCCGGAGCUGAAUUCGGAACCCCAGCGCAAGCGGCGCCGCCAGUUCAGCAAGCAAGCCACAUCAGUCCCUACUUGGCUCGUGGCGCUGAGCCACGCGUGCCUGUGCCGAUCGAUGGGCAACUGCCAGGCGGCGGAGGCGGAGGCCGUGGUGAUCCAGCACCCCGGCGGCAAGGUGGAGCGGCUGUACGGGGCGGCCACCGCAGCGGAGGUCAUGCGCGGCAACCCCGGGCACUACGUGGCGCUCGUGGUGCUCCGCGUCUCGGCGGGCGGCGGCAAGCAGGGCGCGGAUCCGGACCCCUCCGCGGGCGCGGUGUCCGCCGGCGCCGGCGCCGGCACCAGGAUCACCAAGGUGAAGCUCCUGAAGCCCAGGGACGUGCUGCUUCUGGGGCAGGUCUACCGGCUCAUCACCUCGCAAGAGGUGGCGAAGGCGAUACAGGCGAGGAGGGAGGACAAGAUGCGGCGGUGCGGGGCCGGCGAGGUGGUGGUGGUGGACGACCAGCGGGGUCCGGGACGACACGCCGCCGCGGCGGGCAGCCAAGGGCAGGGGCGGUCCAGCGACGACCAGGAAGUGAAGCGGCCGGAGAAGUCGGACCGGCAGCACCGGACCGGCGGUAGAGCCAGAGGGCGGCACUGGCAGCCGUCGCUGCGGAGCAUCUCCGAGGCGGCGAGCUGACGCGACGCGACUGCAAUGCAACCUGGACCUCGAGGAGGGGGGGACUAGUAUAGAAUAGAAGCAGGGGACUGCCUGCUUGGGCUAGGAGUGUAGCUGGGCUGUUUGUGCUGUACAUUUGGAUUGGGGUACUUGGGUGGGGGAGGGAGAUGGCUUGGCAUGGUACAGUAGCGAUGGAUAGAACAGGCUUGCAAGAGGUGAGUUACCGUGACUCAGCUGUAUGACAGGUGAUUCUAUGGAGAUCUCGUCUCAGCUGCUGGCUGCUCAUGUGAUCGAUCAUCGAUGUCAAUUUAAUCUAAAAUGAAAACAAAAAUAAUAGGUUUGUGAAAUCGGA